ACUCUACAGGCCGCAAGUGUGGGCAUGCUCCGCUGGGCCCGAGCGUGGAGGGUUCCCCAUGGGAAGCUUGGCGCCUCCUCUCCCAGAUGCUUGGCGGUGCCUGUCGCCUUUAGUAGCGGCCGCAGUAGUGGUCAAGAUAACGGCGAUCCGAGGCCGCUGCCGCUGUCCUAUAACCUUCUAGAUGGAGACGCGACACUCCCAGCCGUCGUCUUUUUGCAUGGACUCUUCGGCAGCAAAACCAACUUCAACUCCAUAGCCAAGGCGAUGGUCCAGAGGACCGGUAGGAGGGUGCUGACAGUGGAUGCUCGGAACCAUGGAGACAGCCCCCACAGUCCAGAUGCAAGCUAUGAGGCCAUGAGUCAGGACCUUCAGAGUCUCCUGUCACAGCUGGGCCUGGAGCCCUGCGUCCUCAUUGGUCACAGCAUGGGAGGAAAGACAGCCAUGCUUCUGGCACUGCAGAGGCCAGAUGUUGUGGAACGAUUGGUUGCUGUAGACAUAAGCCCAGUAGGAACCACACCUGGAUCCUAUCUCGGAAGCUACAUAGCAGCCAUGAAGGCCGUUGACAUCCCGGAGAAGAUGCCACACUCCCAGGCCCGAAAACUGAUAGAUGAACAACUUAGCUCCACUGUCAAGGACCUAGCCAUUCGGAGGUUCCUGCUCACUAACCUGGUGGAGGUAAAUGGGCGAUUCUCCUGGAGGGUGAACUUGGAGACUUUAGCUCAGUACUUGGACAAGAUUCUGACCUUCCCACAACAGUAUGAAUCCUACCCGGGACCAACUCUCUUUCUGACUGGUGGAAAUUCUAGAUACGUAAAACCCAGCCACCAUUCAGAGAUUAGGCGUCUCUUUCCUCAAGCCCAAAUUCAGACUGUGCCUAAUGCUGGCCACUGGGUCCACAGUGACAAACCCCAAGACUUCAUGGACGCUGUCACCAGCUUCUUGGCCUAAGAAGUGACUCUGUGAAAGAGCAGACAGGGAACUCUGGGCUUGGCAUCCUUGCAAACUGUCCCUUGCUUCUGCACAGAAAAACUCAGGUGGGCACUAAGAGGGCCCAGGAGUACAGAGGUGGUCCAGCCCUUUAAUGAAUAAAGGCAGUUCUCUUAAA